GGUUGUGAAAAGCAUUUGACUUAGAGAGACAGCAGUGGAGGUGACGGCUUGAAAUGAUUUACUUAAUACUGAUCUCUGCGUUCUGUGGAGCGGUCGUUACGCUGAUGUUGCAGUUCUUACUGAUAUACAGGAGAAAUCCACAGCCCUUAGGUAGGACCGUACAGUACGUCAAAGUAGUGCCCGAUAACGCACUAAAAGAUUACUUUAAUUCCACUCACGCCGAACCGAGCCAGCAAGACACCGGAGCAGCUGCUGUACCCAAACCGCAAGAGGCCAUCCACAGCCGGCAGCAGGAAGCGGCUGUCACCGGCGGCAGCCCUAAACAACAACAGCAGCAGCCGCCGCCUUUCAACAGCGAACUCCCUGAUGCUGGCAGAACAGAAACAUGCAAUUUCCUUAACGCGAUUUUCUUGUUUCUGUUCAGAGAGCUUAGAGAUACCCCUGUGGUCCGGCACUGGAUGACCAAAAAGAUCAAGGUUGAGUUUGAGGAGCUGUUGCAGACCAAGACGGCAGGUCGGCUGCUGGAGGGACUUAGUCUUAGGGAUAUUUCUCUGGGGAAUUCUCUUCCGGUCUUUAAAACAGCCAGGCUCAUCAAACCGGUUCAGCUGGACGAGGACGGGAUGCCCGAGGAGCUCAACUUCGAAGUGGACAUCGAGUACAAUGGCGGCUUCCACCUAGCCAUAGAUGUGGACCUGGUGUUCGGCAAGUCUGCCUAUCUGUUCGUCAAGAUGAGGCGUGUGGUGGGCAGACUGAGGCUGCAGUUCACGCGCAUGCCCUUCUCCCAUUGGUCGUUCUCGUUCCUCGAGGACCCGCUGGUGGAUUUUGAAGUGAAGUCCCAGUUUGAAGGAAGGCCGCUGCCUCAGCUGACCUCCUUCAUAGUCAACCAGCUGAAGCGGGUCAUCAAGAAGAAGCACACGCUGCCCAACUACAAAAUCAGAUACAAGCCUUUCUUUCCCUUCCAAGUGCAGCCUCUGCUGGGUUCAGCUUGUGAUUUGGAUCUGUCAGUCCAGGACAGAAGGCUGGUGGAAGGCAAACUCAGAGUCACCCUCAUUGAGUGUAGCAGACUGUUCAUCCUGGGCUCGUACGACAGAGAAACCUAUGUUCACUGCACCCUGGAGCUGAGCAGCCAGCAGUGGAAGGAGAAGACGCGCAGCUCCAUCAAACGGACGGAGGUUAUCAAGGCACCAUGUGGCAAUGUGGGGAUGACAUUCAGGCACAUUCCUGCUUGUGAAGGAGAUGCAGUCUAUGUCAGCAUAGAAACAGUAACGCCCAACUCUCCUGCUGCCCUGGCUGACCUGCAGAAGGGUGAUCGCCUCAUUGCUAUUGGAGGUGUGAAAGUGACAUCUUCAGUUCAAGUGCCCAAACUAUUAAAACAAGCCGGAGACAGGGUGGUGGUAUUUUAUGAGAGACCAGUUCGUCAUCAGACUCCCUCUUUAGGAAAUCUUGUGACUUUACCGGAGGGACUUGGUCAGCUGGAGGAAACAGGCUUCAUUUCCCAGCCAGGAGGUUAUGAGGAGGACCCAGCUCCUAUCACCACUCUUUCUGAUAUAUCUGACAGCAAAGACAUGGACAGUGAAUUUGAGGAGUUGAUCCUGGACACCAAACCCAGCCAGCCUAGUGGACCCAGCAUAAGUUGCACAAAUAUCAGUGACACCAAGGAGGAUUUCUUACUUGCCCUUAACCAAAGUCCUAAAAGAACAGUGGCCAACUUGGCUUCCAAGCCCCUUGGUACUAUAUCACCCAUACUGAACCGAAAGUUAAAUCUUGUUGGUCUGCAGUCUCCACUGAAGCCCCAGACCAAAGAAUCGCCCAAACCCUCAUCACAUAAAGCCAGUAGUGAACCAAGUGAAAGUCUGCAUCGGCCCACUGUCCUUCCGCCACCUCCUCCCUCACGUCCUCCAGUGCCACCAAGACCACAGAUAAGGUUGACAUCUGCAUCCUCAGAAACUGGUCUUCUAGAAGGUGUUGACUUGGUCUCAAACACUGUUGUUAUUGCUUCUACUACCGCCACCAGUGCUUCUGAAAAAUCUUUAGAAAAGUUUUCAGUUUGUGGAGCCACUGAAGAUAAGAGUGUCACUGAGAAGACAGGUAUCAAACAGUCUGAAGGAAAACAGUUUACAAAGGGAGCAGAAUCCAAUGAUGAGAUACUUAGUUCUUGUCCUGCUAACAGCAGUAAGGCAGAUCAAACAAAGGACAAAGUUUCAGAAAGUUCCUUUAGCACAAGAGACAGUCUGGAAGACCACUCAAUCUGGGAAUCCCCAGAAACAAUGUUUUGUAAACAUACGGCACGCUGGUCCAAGGCUUCUGUGGUGUUUGAGGUGGAGACUAACCAUAAGUAUCUCAAUGUGGCCCUGUGGUGCAAAGAUCCCUUUAAGUUAGGCAGUUUGUUAUGCCUGGGUCAUGUCAGCCUCCCGCUGGAGCAUGUAGCACUGGAAUGUAUGGCCACAUCUUCUGCAGAGUACCAGAGCACCUUCAGGUUGGGGCCUCCAGAGCCAAAAGCAAAUGUCAGCCGUACUGCACUACGCAAUCUCAGCCUGCACAAGGGUUUUAAUGAGAAGUUGUGCUAUGGAGAUGUUACAUUAAACUUUUGUUACCAGGCUGAGGGUGAAUUGGAGUGUCCAGUGGGGUUGACUGAAAGGGAGCAAGAGGGCAACCUCCAUGAUGAGGAUUUGAGGGAGAAAGAAAUUGCUCUCUCAGUACCACGUGAUGACUUGGCUUACAGCGCCUUGCAGUCACCCGAAGUCCGUCAUAACUUCCAGGACACCCAGUUCCAGAACCCUACCUGGUGUGAAUACUGCAAAAAGAAAGUUUGGACUAAGGCAGCCUCGCAGUGUAUAAUUUGUUCCUAUGUUUGCCAUAAGAAGUGUCAGGAUAAGUGCCUCGCUGAAAGUCCUCUCUGUGUGGCAACGGCUGAACGUCGUGGAGCUGACCCCGAAGCCAAAUCCACCAUAAACAGGGCCACUGGGUUAACACGUCACAUCAUCAAUACCAGCUCGCGUCUGCUUAAUCUUCGCCAGAUGCCCAAGACACGGCUUGAGCAGGUGACUGAUUUGGUGCCUGGAACUGUGGAGCCUUCACCAAAGCAAACCCCCAACACAUCUGACAAUGAGAGUAGUGAUACUGAGACCUACACUAGUGGGGCAAGCCCAUCAAAGCAGCCAACUAGCAGCAGCAGCACCAGUAAACUUGUCCGGAAGGAGGGUGGCUUGGAUGACAGUGUCUUCAUUGCUGUAAAGGAGAUAGGCCGUGACCUGUACCGAGGGCUGCCCACAGAUGAGCGCUCACAGAAGCUGGAACUUAUGCUGGACAAACUCCAACAGGAAAUUGACCAGGAGCUGGAGCACAAUAACGCCCUUAUGAUAGAGGAGAAGGUGGCCACAGAUACACGGCGAAAGACCAUAAGCAGUACUGCUCUGGCCAAGUCAGGUGAGAGACUUCAGGCCCUCACUCUUUUAAUGAUCCACUACCGAGCUGGCAUAGAGGACUUGGAGUCAGUGGAGAGCAUGUCUCCUUCAGAGCAGCAAGGCUUUAAGAGCAAAGCAGAGAGUCUGGAGGAGGAAGUCCUGAUGGGACCAGAGGUGUAUGACAGUGACACAUGCAGCCCUGUGGAGGUGCAGCUGCUUGAUGACAUAACAGAGGAGCAGAUCUGUGUGGAGGCGCUCCAUUAGAACAGAUCUGGAAAGAGAUGAAAAUUUAACAUGUGGAUUGGGUUUGGGCUUUUCAGCCAAAUUGUGUCCCAUUUUAUAAUUUCAAUACUGAGGGAUUUGCCCAGUCCAUCUUAAAUAUCUGGAUGGGGAGGUCUUUUCCUUCCCUCUUUUGUUUUAACAUGCCAAUGAAAUAAUGGUUUUGGGAAUUUGUUACUGUUGUUUAUAUUGACACAGUAUGAUCCCAUUGCAAGACUAUGAGGUCUAAAUAUUUAGAAGCUCUUGUGUCUUUUAUGUUUAUCUCCCCUUUAGUGUGCUGAGUAUUUGUCUUUCAGUUUCUUUGUUUCAGAGGUUCACUGGAACCCUUAUCAUCUUGCUUUUGUUGAAGAUCUUUGCAAAAUUUGCACAUUUUCUAAUUUAUGAGGGUGGAGAAGAAUAACUCGUAAUAUUUGUUCAUUGUGAGAAUCUCGCCUUGAGAAACAGGCCAAUCUGAAUUAGAAAUCAAGAGUUAAACAUCCCCAGUAAGCAGUCCUCCAUUUGCCCGUUAACCUAUGCUUACAUUUAUCCUUGAUUCUUGUUUUGAAUAAUAUUUACUGAUAACUGAGAAUUUGGGCAACAGCUCAGCCUGCUCAAAAAGUCCAGUUCAAUUGAUUUUUGUUGUGAAAUGUUUUUGCACAAAUACUCUUUUCCUUUUCUUUAAAUGUUUGAUUGUAAUUAAGUUCAUUUUGCAAUAAAUGUUGCAAGAUGGAAAUGUCCUGGUUUCUACUUUUAAAGUUUGUUAUGCAUUGUUUUCUGUGUUAAUUUAUUAAGCUUACUACAUCUCAUUUUGUUCAGAACACCUCUUCAUUCUAAAUUUCACCAUGGCUCUUCGCUUCAUUGUAAAGACCAUCAUGGAUGCAACUUCAGAAACACUUGUUAAUUGUUCAACUUGUUUCUCUGAAUAAAUGCUACACGUGAGCGCA